AUGAGCCAGCAGGCGGUGUUCAGUGGCUGGGUCAGCGUCCCGGCCGCCACCGCCACCGCCACCUUCUACUUGGCUUCCCACGGCGGCGCCUCGCUGGAAAUCGACGGCAUGGUGUUUGUGGAAAACGCGGGCGGGACAGGCUGGACCGAAGGCUCCGUCACCGGCAGCUUCUCGGCGGGCUGGCACCAGCUGCGGGUGGAGUACUUUGCCACGUCAGCUCCCGGCGGCCUGGUGCUCAGCUUCUCGCUGGCUUCCGGCGCCGGCGCCACGCUGGUGCCCAAGCAGCCCAUCCCCAGCGCCAGCCUCAGCACGGCGCUGCCGCGGCCGCCGCCGCCGCCCUCCCCGCCGAGCCCGCCGCCCAGCAACGCCCCCGCCCACCCCUCCACCGCCCUCGCCGCUUCCACCGCCCUCGCCAACUCCGCCCUCUCCGCCGCCGGCCUCUCCUCCCCCUGCACCUGGCAGCAGCUGCCCGGCACCGCCGCCGCCAUCGCCCUGUCCCCCUCGGGCCACCUCUGGGCCUGCACCGCGCCCGCGGUGGCCAGCUCCUGCGCCGCAUCGGACUGCUUCUGGCCCUUCCAGAGUGAGGACCUGGGCGUGGUGUUCUCCGGCUGGCUGCGCACCCCUGCCCAAGGGUGGUACCGCUUUGUACUGGCCUCCGACGACGGCAGCCGGCUGCUGGUGGAUGACGCGCUGGUGGUGGGCAACGGGGGCGAGCACGGCUGGUGGGACGAGAGCGGCGAGGCGUGGCUGUCCGCGGGCUGGCACUCGCUGCGUGUGGAGUUCUUUAAUGGACGCGGAGAGGGAGGCGUCGUGCUGAGCUGGCAGCCGCCGGGCGGCAGCUCAGCGCAGGUGGUCCCCGCCUCGGCCUUCUCCACAGGCCCCAUGCCCCCUCCCCCGGCGCCGCCACCUCCCAGGCGAGCAGCUGUGCAGCAGCAUAUCCGUAGCGUGCAUAGCGCACACCGAGCCUUUCUGUUUGUGCCCGCCCCGCCGGUGGCCGACGCCGCCCCUCCCGUGCUGCGCCUGCUGGGCGGGCCCACGCUGCGGGUGCAGCAGGGGCAGCUGGUGCAGGAGGCGGCAGGCUUUGGCGCCACGGCGGUGGACGACGUUGACGGCGCCGUCACCGCCAUCAACGAGGGCAACCACACCAUCCACUAUCUGGCAGCGGACCGCGCGGGCAACGUGGCGGCGGCCAGCCAGGCGGUGGAGGUGCUCAGCCCCUGCCAGCCGCCCGAGCGCCUCUGCCUCGCCAGCUGCGCCUGCAGCAGCUUCGGGGUGUGCCUGGCCGCCGGCAAGCCCUGCCCCUCGCUGGCGGCAUCCCCGGAGGCGCCCAGCGGCGGCGGCGGCGCCACCGGCGGUGCCGCCGCGUCCCCCGGCGCGGGCGCUGUCGACACAGCGCCGCCGGUCAUCACUGUGGGGGAUGCCCAGCUGCAGCAGCGGAGGCACGGCCUCCAACAGCCGCGCAGCGACCGCGGGCGGCACAGAGGUGGUGCUGACGACGGUGCCUGCUGCGCCUUUCGCGACAAUAUGAGCGCCUGGGACGCCGCCGAUGGCAACGUGACAGCUGGUGCCAGCUCAUUCGGCGCCGCAGCCGUGGACACCUCCGCGCCCACCCCGCCCGCCCAGCCCUUUGUCGUGUCCUACUCUGCUGCCGACGCAGCCGGCAACCAGGCGGUACCGAAGCAGCGCCGUGUGGUGGUGGUGUGCCCGCGGGGCGAGGGCGUCUGCAGCGGUACCAGCACCCUGGCGGCUGCGACCGGCGGCGGCGGCGGCGGCGGCGGCGGCGGCGGUACAACCAAGCCGUACUGCAGCACUCGCGGCAUGUGCCUUGGCCCUCCGGCGGGCGCCGCGGCUGCCGCAGGCAGUGCCGCCGCCCCGCCGCUGCCGCAGAUCCAGCUUGUGGGGCCUGCAGCAGUGUAUGUGGAGGCAGGGCAGCCGUACGCCGCCUGCCCUGCCAGCCCACCGGCCGACCUGCUGUGCGACAGGGGCGCCACCGCCUGGCAGCAGCAGGACGGCAGCCUGACCCCGUACGUGGAAGCCUGCAGCACUGGCGGCACUCGCUUCCUAAUUGCUGCCUCAGGCCUGGCGGGCUGCAACAUCAGCACCGCCUCGCCCGGUCGCCUCAUCAUCCCCUUUAGCGUGCGGGACUCGCUGGGCCGCGAUGCCGCCGCCAACCGCACCCUGCUGGUGCAGCAGCGGUGCGGCGCGGGGGAGCAGCGCUGCGCAGACCAGGUCACAUGCAGUGAGGGCGGUGUCUGCCUUGCAGACCUGUCCGCCGGCCUGGGCGGCGCUGCCGCGGCACAGCCGCAGGUGCAGGCAGCCCAGCCUCCCACCAUCCGGCUGGUCACCACCGUCGCGCUGCCUGCCGCGGUCAGCAUCCGCCAGGGCACGCUGUACGCAGCGUGCGCAGCAGGGCAGGCACCCACAGCCGAUCUGCCUUGCGAGCUGGGUGUCGUUGCGGCGGCGGCGGCCGGCUCCGAUGGCGCCGCUGGCGCCAACCUGACGGGGGAUGUGCUGGCCUGCCCGCCGGCCUCCUGCCUGGGCAGCAGGAGGUGCCCGCAGGCCCUGUUCGGCGCCCGGGGCGUGGCCUCCUGCGACAUCGACACCUCCCAGCCGGUCGGCACCGUCAUCCAGGCAAGCAUGCUUGUGCCGUUUGUGGUGUGGGGCGCCGACCAGCCGGCCCUGAACGCCAGCGUCAGCCGCACUCUGGUCAUCACACCGCCCUGUGCCGCGGGCCUGUAUGCCUGCCCCGCCAGCACGGCAGGCCGGGUGCUCUGCAGCGGCAUACCCUGUGCCCUGCUGGCCAGCCUGCUGCCGCAGCAGGGGCCCGUGGUGCGCUUUGUGCAGCAGGCGCCGGCAGGGCCGCCGCCGCCGCCGUCCGGGCCCCAGCCUGCCCUGCAGCAGCAGCAGCAGCAACAGAUUGUGGUCAUGAGCUACGGCCAGCCCCCGGGGCGCAGCCUGCUGCCCUGCGCCAGCGCCGCAGACGCCGGCGGCGGGGGCUGCCGAGCGGUGGCGUAUGACGCUUCGGGAGCCGACCUCUCCCCAGAAAUCUCCGUCACAGAUGCCACCUGUACCAGUACUGCCACCAGUACCGCCACCCCGGCUGCCACAGCCGCCACCGGGGCCGGCGCAGACGGCGGCGGCAGCGCCGGCGGGGGCGGGCUGUGCUGGCCCUGCGACCUGCGGGCGGCCGAGGCGGGGCGGUGCCUGCCGGGCAGCUACACCCUCAACUUCACAGUCCUGGAUGAUGCGGGCGCCUCUGCCACCGCCCAGCUGCGCCUGCUGCUGGUGCAGCGGUUCCGCAUGCAGGCCGCGGUCAGCCUGUUUGCUCCGCCAGACGCCUUUGCCACGCCAGAGGCCGCAGCAGAGGCGGCGGCGGCGGCGGCUGCAGCCGUGGCCCAGGACGCCGCCCUGCAGCAGCAGCUGGCGGCAGCCUUCAACGCCAGCCUGGCGCCUGCGCUGACGUGGCACCGGCUGGAUGUGACGGCGGCCGCCACCGACGGCGCAUCUGCGGCGGCCGCCACAGCAGGCACAGCAGGCCUGGCAGGCUCGCCGGCAGCGGUGGCGGCGGCAGGCGCAGCGCAGCUGAUCAGCCAGCAGUGGCAGCGGCGGCGGCGCAUGGCCCAGGCCAGGGGCCCACUGCCUGCCGCUGGACAGCCCGCCCCAGCUCUGCAGCUGGCAUUUUCUCUGGAUGCCCUCAGCCCCGACCCGCUGCUCUAUGCUGGGGCGUCGGCCCCUGAGCUGCCGCCGGCAGCUGCCGGCCAGCUGUCCCUCCAGCCCAUCGACGCCGUGUUUGCCUCCAGCCUCCAACAGUCUGCUGCCGCCAUCUGUGCCGCGCUGGCGGGGGUGCUGGCCAGCAGCCCUGUCACCGCUGCUCUAGGCAGCGCGGGCGGCAGCUUCAGAUGCAGCCCCCCCGCCGCCGCGGCCGCGGUCGAGGCCUUCACACCGCCGGUCAGCUUCCAGGCGCUGAGCUGGCUGCCAGUGCUCACCGCGCUCAACGGCGCCGACCGCCGGCUGCAGGCGCUGCGCGCGUCGCUGGCCGCCACCGCCAACCUAGUCGACUCCGGGCGGCAGCUGGCUGCCGUGGCGGCUGCCUGGGGCGGCUUUGUCUCGGCGUACGAUGCCAACCAGGUCUCCCUGCACGACCUCCAUGCCGUGGCUGCCUCGCUGCAGACCUCUGUCCCGCUGCUGGGCCUGCCCAUCAUCGCCGCCGUCAGCGGCGGCCAGCAGGGGCAGUACACAGCCCUCAGCGGCUUGGCAGGCCUACUCGCUGACUAUGCCAGCCAGUCUCAGUACUGCCAGCAGCAGGGCAGUGGCAGCGGCGGCAGCCGGCUGGCCCUCUGCGUGGACACCCACACCGGCGACGGCUGCAACAGCAGCAGCAGCAGCGCGGUCGGCGCAGACGGCGGCAGCGCCAGCAAGCGGCGGCAGUAUGUUGGCAACCGCGGCAGCAACCUCAUCGUCGGCGGUCUGUUCCUGCACCAGCAGCGCCGCCAGCCCGACCCGGGCGGCCAGCCUCCGCUCGACUGCUCCGGCCGGUUUGCCAACCUGCGGUUCGAGUGCCAGGCUGCAGAAGCGCCGCAGGCGGCCGCUGCUCGAGACCAGCUGGAAGUGAUGGCCGGGAGCCCCGCCGUCGGCGGCGACACCGACAGCACCACCACCAACAGCACCGCCUCUGGGGGCCUGCCGCUGCCCUUUGGGAUAGACCCAGCAAUCCUUGAGAGCAGCCCCCUGUACUACGCCCCUCUCACAUACAGCCUUGGCCUCUACUACAAUGCCAGCCCCGCCUCCGGCCACCUGAACCGCAACCGCCAGCCGUACGGCUUCCAGCCGCGCGCGCCGCCGCACCUUCCGGCCGGCUUCCCGCUGGUACUGGAGAGCACCCUGUCCCAGGAGGGCGCGUCCCGCGUGCUGCGCCACCUGCGUGACGGCGCCUUCCUCGACUCCCGCCGCUCCGCCAGCCUGGACGCCCGCCUGCUCACCUGCAACGCAGCCCUGGACGUUCUGGGGUACUUUAGGGCUCGCAUCAGGUGGCAGCCCGCCGGCCGCAUCGCGCUGGAUGCCUGGGCCUCCGCCCUAUCCAUCCCCAGAUACAGCGCCGCCACCCUGCGCCACAGCGGCAGCAGCCGCCAGCGCCUGGCGGCAGACCUGCUACUGGCGGCGCUGGUGGCGGCGCGCGCCGCCAGCCUGCUGCGCCGCCUGCGCCGCAAGCUGCGCCUGCAGCAGCAGCGGCAGCAGCACCAGCUAUCUCCUGGCUUGGCAGGCCCCUCACGCACCACCAGAAGCAGGGCCGGCAGCAGCUGGCUGCGCCUGAGUCGCAGGCAGGGGCGGCAGCAGGACCAGCGCCGUGCCCCGCAGCUGCUGUCGUCCCGCCUGCUGCUGGCUGCCGUGUCAGACCGACUGGUGCUGCUGGAUGUGGUGACCACAGCCCUCAUGAUUGUUGGCCUGGCACUGCUGGCAGCAAGCAUUGGCGUGCAGCAGCGCCUGGAGCUAAAGCCAGACUACGGCCUGUACGACGCAGCCAGCCACGCAAAGGCAAACCUACUGCUCACGAGGCGCGCCGACCCGGGCACAGCCGCGGCAGCGGCGGCGGCGGCGGCUCUGGCGGCGGCCGACCCGGCAGCGGCGGCCGCGCUGGCGGCGGCCACCGUGCCGGGCGGGCCGGGCCGCUGGAUGUUGCCGGCGGCAGACCAGGGCUUCGAGGAGUUCGCCGCAGCGCUGUCCCGCAUCGACGCCAUCAACACCCUCACUACUGUCUACAGCAGCGUGCAGGGCCUGGCGCUGAUGCUGCUGGUGCUUCGCCUGAUGAUGUCGCUGACCGCCCAGCGCCGCCUGUCCUCUGCCGGCGUGCUGGCCCACCUGCUCCUUCUCAUCGGCCUGGUCACGACCCUGCUGGUGGCGGCGGGGGUGCUGGCGCUUGGCUCACUGUCGCCCACCCUGUCAGACCUCCCCACCGCCCUGAGAGCCGUGUACGAGGGCUUUCUGGUGGGCGACCAGCGCGACAUUGUGAGGGCGUCCUUCACGUCGGUGCUGUGGGUGGUCCUGCUGCCCGUCCUCUCCCUCUUCAUCCUGCGCCAGUUUGUGCUGGCGGUGCUGCUCCAGGCAAGCGGCGCGGGGCCGUCUGAGUUCAGCAGGCAGAAGCGCGAGGCGGGGGAGGUGCCCGGCAUUGCCGCUGACGUGGCGCAGCUGCUGCGGGAGCGGGGCCAGGUGGUGGCCCAGGGGGCUCCCUCCAACGCCGAGCUUCUGGAGGUGUGGCAGCGUGUGGCGCUGCCUGCUGCUGCUGGGACCAGCGGCGGCCCUUCCAGGCGCGGCAGCCGCCUCAGCCGCCUCUUCUCUCGGCGCGGCAGCGGGCGGCGGGCGACGCCCGCCCCCGGCCCCAGCGGCCGCCUGGCGCACUGGCUGAGCAGCAGCGGGGCGGGGCGCAGCCUCAGCUGGCUGCUGCGGCUGCCCGCUGCGCCCGGCUCUGCUGCCGAGGGGGAGCAGGAGCAGCAGGAGCGCCAGGCGGCAGAGGAGGAGGAGGAGGAGGAGGGGAGGCUUGUCAUGGAGGUGGCGGGGGAUGAGGUCGACCUGGGUGGGCUGACGCUGGUGCUGUCGGCAGCCAACCAGGCGGCCGGCGGCCAGCUCAGCCCGCCCGAGGUGCGGGCGGCUGCGCAGGCGGUCAUUCAGCGGUUUGGGGAGCGGCGCACCGAAGGCCUGCCGCCGCCGCUGCCCCCAGAGCUGCUGGAGCGGUACGGCCACCCGCCGAGGCGGUACAGCCGCCCGGCCGAGCUGCACAGCGUCGUCACCAGCACGGCUGGGGAGGGGGAGGGUCGGGCUGAGGCUGCGGGUGAGAGCAUCCGCGACAGCUUGCGGCACAAGUACAGCCACCUGGGGAGCAGCAGCCGGGGCGGCAGCGGCGGCAGGAGCAGCGCCAGCUUUGCGGCCGCUGCCGCCGCCGCGCUCGCCGCCACGGGCCUCGGCAGCGGCAGCGUGGGGUCCAGCUUCAAAGGCGACCAGCAGCAGCAGCCCAUGCCGGCCCCUCUGAUCACAAUCCCGGAGAGCGACAGCGGCAGAGCCAGCAGCAGCGGCGGGGGCGACACCGGCAAGCAUGCGGCAGCAGGUAUGGAGCCCGGCGACGCCAGCGACGGGCCAGCCGGGCAGCAGAAGCAGCAGCCAGCCCACUCCGCCUCCCCCAGCAAGUACCAGAAACAACUGUCAGCGGCGGUGGCAGCUGCUGUGAGGGCAGCGGGCACGCGCACUGCUGGUGGGGGUGCAGCUGGCGGCGGCCCCGCCGGCAGGGGGCUGUAUCAGGCGCCCAGCUUCCCCUCAGCCAGGAGCAGGAGCCUGCUGCGCAUGCUGAGCAGCAGGCAGCUGUCCCGCGUGUCGCCACAGGGCCAGGACGAGCGGCCCGGCGGCACCCCGCCCAGCCUGCAGCAGCAGGCCGCCGCGGCUGCCGAGCGCCUGCGCCGCCGACCGCCCACCCUGCAGCCCGGCGGCGAGCCGCAGCGGGAGCAGGCGCGGCUGCUGGCUGCCGCGCAGGAGCACCUGCGCCGCAUGCAGGCGGCCGGCGACGAAGCUGCCAUGCAGGCAGAGCGGCGCCAGCUGCUGGAGUGCCUAGCGGCGAGCGGAGCCGCCAUGCAGCGGCAGUACGCCGACGCGGGCGCAGAACUGCGAGAGCUGAGCCGCGGGCUGGAGCUUGUGCAGCGCUUCCUGCUGCAGCGCCAGCAGCAGCGCCAGGCGGCAGCUGGCCACCAACCCGCCGCGGUGCAGCAGCACAGCAACCCUCUGGCGCAGCUGCGCCAGCAGGCGGUGGAGCGGCGGCAGGAGGAGGGCGUGGCGGUGCGGGAGCCGCGGCCGACCACCUCUGGCGGCGGCAGCUUGAACCGCGCUCAGCCCACGGCCGCUGCGGCCGCCGCCGCGGUGGCAGAGGCAGUUGGCUACGGCGCCGGCGCCGGCGCCACCUCAGCCGCCACCUCAGCGGCCCGUCGCGGUCGGCAUGCCGCGGCGGGGACAGUGGGCGCCGCGCGGCCCGGCAGCGCCGCCUACCCUGCCGCGUUCACCAACCCUCUGGCGCUGGAGUCUGCAGAGGAGGGGCACGGCGCCCUGAGCUCAGCAGCCAGCCUGCAGCUGCCGGCGCAGCAGCAGCAGCGGGCUGGUCAGCUGCCCAGCCGGCACAGCGCAGGCAGUUACCCCUCAGCCCCGGUGGCCGCUCUGGCAUCGACUGGGUGUGGCAGGCUGGAGAGUGGGGCAGCGGACGCUCUGGCUGCUUUGGAAGAAGCAGGCGGGGCUGCUGAUGAGAGCGUCGCGUCCCAGCGGCAGGCAAGAGCGGCAGCAGCCAGCGCCGGCAGCGCAGCAGCGGGCGGCCCCACUGCCAUGCCCUGGGAUGCUGUCUCCCGCUUCGAAGGGCAGGCGGAGGCUGCUGCUGAGGAGGAGGCGACAGCGGCGAUAGGGCACCACCAGCACCAGCACCAAUGCCAGCAGUCGGAAUCCUCUCACCCUGGCGACAGCUCUGCCUCCCUUUCUUCUGCCGAAGACCAGCCCCAGCGGCUGGGGCCAGCACCAGUGGACACCGUCUUUGGAGCCCUGCUUGCCAGCCUGCACCGGGCAGGGUAUGAGCGUGCCCACGAGGAGCACGGGGGCGGCAGCGCGGCAGCCCAGGCAGCCACGGGCACUACAGGCAGCGCCGAGGGCUCGGCAGCGCAGGCAGCCCUGCUCUCUGCUGGCGGCAGCCCUGGCGUUACCGCCUCCAGCCCACGGGCGUACCGCCCCACCCUGCCCGCCCAAGGCGCCGCUCUGGCUGGCAAAGCGGCGCCUCAGGAUGAGGCUGCCAGCUGUGGCAGCGUGCACGAGGAUGGAGCCAGCAGCAGGAGCGGCUCGCCUGUCCCCAGCCCACCCACCCGCCGACGAGAGCGACACGCCGGUGGCGAGGCGUGUCUCUCGCCGCCUUCGUCGCCAUUGCGCAAGCGCUGGGCAUAA